GCCGGCAGCGGGCUGCUGCCUUCGCUGGUUCCCGCUCCGUUGGAGCUCGGCAAAGCGCGCGGGAGCCGACUUCCGGUUUCCUCGCGCUCGCAUCGGACGCGCUCUGCGGGAGCUCUGAGAAAAGCUCCGUGCACGAAGCUGCUGCCUAAGGGGUCUAGGGGCAACGCGAGGCUAAGCGACCCCCUAAAAGCCCUGGGGUGAACCAGGGCGAAACAAUAGCCUGCAGCGCGGCUGGAGGAGAAGCCCCUGAAGCCUAGAUCUCCGACGCAAAGUGGGAGGAGAGAGAGGAGGAGAAAGAGAGACUGACGUGAGUGAGUGAUAGCGACGCCAAGAGAUUAAGAAAGGAAAAAGAUGAGGAGAAACUUCAAAGACUUGUUCAAGAGGAAGCUGUAAAAUUCCUUUGGGACCAGGUUAGAUGCAUCCAGGAGUGGCAACUUUCAGUAAACUCACAUCUCACUACUUUCCAGCAGCAUAAUACUCCUACAUCAAGCAUUUUGGGUCCCUUCAAGGUCCAUAUAGACUCGCCUGGACUAAAUCAAGUACCUUCUCCUGUCAGCAGUUCAACCUGGUUUGUUUCAGCUACUGAGGCUUGUCAUCAGAAAUGCUUGCCAGAAUUUCCUGACUCGGGGUUCCAUUCCUGUGUGACUGACCAGAACUGCCUUCAUGAAUCUCAGUGCUGUGGAGAAAAUGUGGCAGAAGUAAAUGGUGAAAGCCAGAGCACACGGAAAUGCCGUACCUUCCCGCUGGAGCGGUACCUACUUGUACUGGUGUGCUUUCGAAGUGCUAGGUUGGCAGAAGCUGGGAUAGAGCAACGGGAGCUCACUCCGUCGCGGGGAUUCAAACUACCGACCUCCUGAUCGGCAAGCCCAAGAGGCACCACCUGCGUGGAGGAGAGAGGAAGAAGAAGAAGAAAGCCAGCUGCAGAUGGAACAAAUAGCACCUGUAGUGGCGUGCUGCUCCUGGCUACCUUUGUUUUUGUUCUUGCACAGCAGUUUGAACACAUCUCUAUAACCAAGAGUGCCUGGAUCUGAAAUGACCACCCUUCUUGGACCUUGCAGCUUGUUUAUUCACACAAAUAAAACAACCCUGAAAGAAGGCAAAGGUCAAUGGAAGCAGCAGCCUUCGGAUGAUCAUUGUUAAAUAUUCAGUGCCGCAUAAUGCAAGCACCGACUGAGUCUUAAAACUGCAAAGUUUAUUCAGAGAAGAGGAAAUGCAGCAGAAGCCUCCGGAUGAGAUUUCCUGUGUAAUACUGAGUAACAAUGACACUGGCGCCUGUGGGAUAUGGGCAACAUGGCAGCAUCUUACGUGGGUGAGAGAGAGAUGAAGGGAUCAUGUGGCCCAAUUUUUCCAAAGUACAGAUUUUGUGCCUCAUUCUGGCAGUGUUGGCGAUUCUGGCUUUACUACACAACUUUUACGAAUUAGAGGUGAGUGACUCACCUCCCUCAGGGGCAGGGCAAAAUCUGAAUGAAGCAGGUUUAAAGUGGUUGGUAGAAGAUGAUGACCAACAGCCAUCGUUCCAGAUGACUAAAAUACCCAGAAAGCUGUACUGUGGAUAUGAACGCCAAGUCUUGUCCAAGAGAGAACAAGGGGAAGAGGAGUCCUUAUUUACUGCUAUACAGUGGCCCAAACCUCCGGAGGACAAAAUCCCAUUUGUGAAGAGCACUGACCCCUCCCAUAGCAGCUUUGUGAUACUGAACCCCCGUACACAUUUCAAGGUUGGUGAUCAGCUGGAGGUGCUCGUCCACAUGAAAGACUAUGAAGGCAAGCCAAAGCGUUACGGUGGGGACUACCUUCAGACAAGAAUCCACUCUGCUCACCUGAAGGCUGGAGCCACAGGAAGGGUUGUAGAUUACCAGAAUGGGUCUUACAGAGUUUUUUUCACUUUACUCUGGCCGGGGGAGGUCACAGUAUCUGUGGCGCUGGUCCACCCUAGCGAAGGGAUCCAAGUACUUCAACAUUUACGAGAAGAGAGACCAGACAGGGUCUAUUUUAAAAGCCUAUUCAAAUCAGGGAGAAUUUCAGAAACGACUGUGUGCAAUGUGUGUUUGCCAGGAGAUAUGCCGGUGUGUAACUUUACGGAUCUUUACACCGGUGAGCCAUGGUUUUGCUACAAGCCAAGAAAGCUCUCUUGUGCCACGAGGAUCAGUCAUUACAAAGGGGGGUAUCAAAAGGGCCUUCUGACCUCAGAAGAGAGUCGCCUUUUCCAAAGUGAUGUGAAUAUCAAAGUGCCAAUAUCCUCCAGUGGCCCCGAUACUGUGCUCGUAAGGCCCUUAAGGCAUGCAGAGAUGGACAAUCUGGAAAAAUCUCAAAGCCCUGAUGUAUUUCCUUCUGGUUACUAUUAUGAAGAUGAAUGGCGAGCAAGAACACAGUGGAUUCAGCAUUUUAACAAGUCAUCAGAUAUUACCGAAUGUUUACAAGGGAAACUUAUCCACUUGUUUGGAGACUCUACAAUAAGGCAGUGGUUUGAAUAUCUGACAACGUUUGUUCCAGAUCUCGUGGAAUUAAACCUUGGCAGCCCUAAAAAUGUUGGGCCCUUCAUGGCUGUGGACUCGGUGCAUAACAUCCUACUGAACUUCCGCUGCCAUGGGCCCCCUAUUCGCUUCUCCACCGUGUUCAGCAGUGAGCUGCAUUACAUUGCCAACGAACUGAAUCGCAUUGUAGGCGGGAGGAACACUGUGAUAGCCAUAACUAUUUGGUCUCACUUCAGCACUUUCCCUGUAGAAGUGUACAUCAGGAGACUGAGGAACAUUCGCAAGUCCAUCGUUCGGCUUCUGGACCGGAGUCCCAAGACACGGAUAGUCAUCAAAACCGCCAACGUUCAGGAGCUCGGGCCGGAGGUCAGCCUUUUCAACAGCGACUGGUAUUCGUAUCAGCUUGACACAAUCAUGAGGAAGAUGUUCUCAGGAAUUGGAGUGCACUUUGUGGAUGCUUGGGAGAUGUCACUGGCACACCACUUGCCACACAAAUUGCACCCAGAAGAUGUUAUUGUCAAAAACCAGUUAGAUGCUUUCUUGUCUUUUGUGUGUCCAGUGGAAACGCACUACAGCCUCGUAAAAGGAAUCCAUAAUCAAUUGUGGUCUCUGUUUCUGUAGUUCACUUACGGACAUGUUCUGCACAAGUUGUUUGUUGCUGAUUUGGGGUGCCCCUAACCUGCAUCUGAUUCUCCAAGGUUGCACUGUAGCAUACAUAAUUCAUACUUGGAAUGUCUGGGGACUGUUUUAUUUAUUUUUAAAAAGUAAGACUAUAUGUGUGGGUACCUCUUUGCAAUGCACACCUCAGAAUGAAGGUGUCCACAACUCCACUUGCCACUCUCACUACAAUAAUGGUUCUGCCACCAUCUGGUAAGAUAAUGAAAGUAAUCGCAGCAGCUGCCUCCUUCAGCUUGGAGCUAGGGAGAGAGGCCACAACACAAUGCUAGAGGACAUAUUUGAGAUGCUGAAAAUUCCAGGUUCAGUUGUUGACAUUUUCAGUUAAAAGAAUGCUGUGAAUGUUUAGCUUGUGGGUCCCCCCGUAUUAUUAUUGUUAUAAAUUUAUUCAUACCCCUGAUGGGACUCAAGGCAACUUACGUGUGUGUGUGUGUGUGUGUACACACACACACACACACACACACACACACCUGCUAAAAACAAGAAAACAACAAACUGGUUGGCCACUGUGAGAACAGGGUGAUGGACCAGCUCCAGCAGAGUUUUUAUCAUGUAGCAGAGCUGGAAGAAAACCUUUCCUGAGACCUUGAGAACUGCUUCAAGCCACACAAUGUUGCCCUAGAUAGAUUUAGGCCAGGCACCCCCAAACUGUGGCCCUCCAGAUGUUUUGGCCUACAACUCCCAUGAUCCCUAGCUAACAGGACCAGUGGUCAGUGAAGAUGGGAAUUGUAGUCCAAAACAUCUGGAGGGCCGAAGUUUGGGGAUGCCUGAUUUAGGCUAUGUACACAGGCAGCCUCUGAAAUGUGCAGGAGUUACUGUUUUUACAGUGUUUUACAGCGUGCACACCUUUGCACAAUAACAGCAUCUAAACCAGCAGCUAAUAAGAGGGAUGUCUGUACACACAGGUAGUUUUUUCCCAAACUAGUACACAAUAGUGUUCUCCAUUCUCUUCCAUUCAAUUAGUGGUUCCGCAGAGUUUUCGCAAAACAAUAUAUUUUGCAGUCUUUCCAAAGAGAGGGUCUGGUGUGUAGCAGUAUGGAGGCGGUUAUGUUACUGUACUGCUUUCCAUUUUGCCUAUUUCAUCCACAGCCAAGUUUAUUUCAUGAAAUUUAUAUACCAUUUGAUUGUGUGUGUAACCCCCCCCCCAAAAAAAAACCCCCAACAGCCUCCACAAGUGGUUUAAAAGUUAAAUAUGGUGAGUGGCACAGCACAGCCCUGCAACGUCAGAAGGUCUGCCCCAAUAGGAGGUGAUAUGAGAAGGCACUCUCUGUGUGCACUUGUAUGCAGCAAGCACUUGAGAAGUGCAUUUUUUGGCCCAGAACAGAUCGUAACUGUUCCAGCAGAAUGUGCUUUAAUUGGACAAAUAGUGUGGAGCAGGGACAUCAUGGGGUGUUGUCAUUUGUCCAGCAGUCCCCAAAGGUGCUUACAUCCUGCACUGAAUGCACAACAUACAUAAGAGCCUGCUGGGUCAGGCCAUGGUCCAUCUAGUCCGGUAUCCUGUUCUCACAGAGGCUGAACAGUUUGUUGCCUAACUGGGUCAAACUAGCAAGCAGGAUAUGAGCACAAGAGCACUCUCCCCUCCUGUGGUUUGCAGCAACUGACAUUCAGAAGCGGUACUUGCCUCCAACUGUGAAGGCAGAGCAUAGCAAUCUUGACUAGUAGCCUUACCCUCCGUGAAUUUGUAGAAUCUAAGUUGGUGGCCAUCGCUGCCCCCUGCAGGAUUGAGUUCCCUAGUUUAACUGUGUGGCACGAAGAAGUGUGUGCAUGCCCUUAGUGCACAUUUACAUCCAUAUUUGCUAGCUCUGCUGCUUGAAAUUCUUUUAACUGGAGAUGCUGGGAUUGAACCUGAAGGCAAUUAUUUCCUAAUAAUAAUAAUAGAAAUAUGAAAAAAGGGAGGAACUAAAUCCAAAUUAACUGAACACUAAUGAAAGUUUUAUAAAAGAAAUUACCAAAAUAUUUGUAAAUUUAAAAGAAGAAAAGUAACCAUUUUUCCAGUGCACAUCCCUACCUCCCCAUCCCUUUAUCUCCCCCUGUUUUGGUGCCCAAGACAUCUGCAUGCAGGACACCCACUUUACUAGUAGUAGGAGUGUUUUAAUAAAUUAAACAUUUUGUAUGGCUCAGUGGCUACCUCCUGAGUUAUUUGAUACUUUCCAAGGGAAAAAUCCAAGUGUCACCCACACUGGUAUAAGUUUUAAGAUCUUAAGACUGAUUAGCUUUCUCUGUGAACUGCAUGUUUUCAAGGAGUUUUUCAGUAGCUAACAUCUGAAGUGCAGGUAGCUAAAAAUGAUGCUUAAGAUCGCAACAAACGAAGAAGUCUGAAAUGUCAUUGAUUCCUGGUUUGUUUGUUUUUUUAAAUAAAAGUCUAAGCUGUUUUGAAGGCAAUGCAUUGCAAACUGUUGCUAUUUAACAUUUUGGUUCACUUCAGCGACAUACCUCAUAUUGGUACAGAAUGCAGACUUGACAUGGUCCUCGCCUAGAGGGGACUUGUAGAUUACAGUAGAUGGAACAAGACAUGGAUUUGGAUGAAGCCAAAGAUGUAUUGGCAAUAGGCCAGGGGAGAGAUGGAGGGCAGGAAAGCAAAAUUGGUUUGAGUAAGGGGUAGGAUGGUUCAAGGGAACCUGUCUUGCAGGAGAUAGAGGUGGUUUGAUCAGAAGAAGUCCAUGGCAUCAGGCAUAAGAGAUGGGAAGGAGGCUAAAAGACACUCGGGAAACAAGCAUGUCUAUCAGUUGUCUAAGCACCUGCAAGCCCACAAAGAAUGUACAGAAAUUAUCCAGUCCUUUAAAAACUGUUGUGUGUAAAGUAGGCCCAGAACAUCUUACCCUCUGAACCAUAAAGAAACUGCAUUUCAAUUUUUGUUUACUGUUUCUGUUGAUAUUAAAUAAAUCUACACCAAUACCUGUGAUUAAACUACUUCUCU